AUGGGUGAGCCGAAACUGCGGGACUACGAUAGCGUCACGUCCUUUUUGGGAUCGUGGGGAAGCUUCCAGCGUCGGAUUUUCUUCGCCUUGGCCAUCAGUAUCUACCCCAACGGCUUCAUCGGUAUCUACAUCGUAUUUGUCGCCGACACGCCGUCCCACCACUGUUAUGUUCCCGAGGACGCCAAUAUCAGCCAGGCGUGGAGGAACGUGACCAUCCCGACAGAGACGGUGGAUGGCGUGGCCAGGCUCAGCUCUUGUGCCAGGCUCAAUCUGGAGAUGGUUAAGAACUACUCUCAGAACGGCGCCGUGCCGGACGUGGAGGUGGACGUGGCCGGGAUUCCUUUAGAAGCCUGCAGAGACGGCUGGACGUAUAGCCGAGACAUCUAUCAGUCGACCAUUGCCACCGAGUGGGAUCUGGUUUGCGAGGACGCACACAAAAUCCCUUUGUCCACCUCCAUCCACUACCUGGGCGUGCUGGUGGGAGCGUUUCUUUCGGGCCAAUUGUCGGACAGAUACGGAAGGAAGCCGGCGCUAUUCACCAUGAUGGUCCUCCAGACAGUGGGCAUAACGGCGCAGAUCUUCUCAAACAGUUGGGAGAUCUUCACAUUCAUCUACUUCCUGGUCGGUGCUGGCACGUUCUCCAAUUACAUCAUCGCCUUUGUGCUGGGAACAGAAAUUCUGAGCCCCAAAGCCCGCGUGGUCUUCUGCUCCCUGGGAGUUUUCAUGAGCUCGGCCAUAGGCUACAUGCUCAUGCCACCCGUGGCAUACUUCCUGCGCUCCUGGCGGAUGCUGCUGAUCCCCAUGGCCGCCUGUGGACUGAUCUACAUCCCCCUGUGGUGGUUCAUACCCGAGUCGCCACGCUGGCUGCUGUCCCAGGGCCGAGUGGCGGAGGCCGAGAGCAUCCUGAUGGACGCUGCCAGGAUGAAUAAAAUUGCCCCGCCCAAGGCCAUUUUCACAGAGGCUGAGAUUGAGAAUGCAAUGCUGUUGAAAGACAAGAAAUACAACAUUGGCUCCAUCUUGCGCAACUGCAACAUUUUCACCAUCAACCUGUUGUGUUCAAUUCUGUGGUUCGUCAUCACCAUCAGCUACUACGCGUUGAUCCUCAACACGUCCAACCUUCACGGAGACCCGUACCUCAACGCCUUCCUGUCGGCGGUGACGGAAGUUCCCGCCUACCUGAUCGCUCUGUUGCUGCUGCACUUUUGCUACCGCCGCCUGUGCCAGUCGACCACGCUAAUGAUGGGCGGAGUCAUGAUCCUGUGCGUGCACCUCAUUCCCAUAGAUCUUCCGUGGGUGGCCGUGCUGCUGGAGAUGCUGGGCAAAUUCGGCGUGACGGCGGCCUUCUGCAUCGUGUACGCCGUCACGUCCGAGCUCUUCCCCACCGUCAUCAGGAACACGGCCAUGGGCUGCUGCUCCAUGGCGGCUCGAGUAGGGACCAUCAUCUCGCCCUUCAUCAUCUACCUCGGUCAAUAUUACAAGGCGCUGCCAUACAUCCUGAUGGGAGCUUUGGCCAUUUGCGGAGCCUUCAUCUCUCUCCUGCUGCCGGAGUCGUUUGGGAAGCCUUUGCCGGAGACCCUAACACAGAUGCAGUCCAUAUACAGACGAAAAGGUCCAGAGAAAAAGGAAGCGGAGGACGCGGACGCACGGGCUUGUCAGAGUAAAGAAUCCAAGUUGUAGUCAAUCAGGAGCGGACUUUUGUUUGGGUUUGGAUUUGCCGUCCCGCUUCAGUACAAAGUGUGACUACGUGUUGCCUCAGUUUUACGACUAAGUGGCAAUCAUUUAACCAAAUUCCUUAUCAAGUAUUUGGCACGUGCGCCGCUUGGAUCAUGAAAAUGCUUUUCAGUGACGCUGAUGUGGUCAUGUUUCUUAUUAUAGAUGAUGUAUUAUGUCGGAAUGUAUUCAUGAUCAAAAAUGGAUAGUCAUGGGUUUGUCCAACACGCUGCACUGUCAUCUUUACUGGCUCUGUUAUCGAGAUGCUGUCAAAUCAUUUGCAAAGACGAGAAGAUCAAACAUUUAUUGAGGACGAGCCCGACGCGACGCAUCGCCGGCACGUGACAGAAACGUGUUGUUUUUGGACUUAAGAGCAUUGCUGAGGCUUCAUGUGCCAGCCAUCACGUGUGGCUUCUCCAUACUUGGGUCCGACUGUGGAGCUGCUAGUGGUGGACAACGUGGGCAAUGCUUCUUCACCACCUUUACCACAAGCUACGGCCUCGUGACCCUAAAUUGCGCUGUGCUCACUCUGGCACUCGGAUUUCCGGAGAACCUGAACGUGUUCUGAAGUCUCGUCGCAAAAGUACGGAAGAGGA